CUGUAAUAAACGAGAACGGGUCCGAAACUCGUUUGUUUCCUGCUAUUCAAAGACCGACAGAGGGGGGAUUAACGCCCAGACCCUGCCUAAACUCUGCCCUGUAGGGUGAUGUGUAGUGUAGGUUGACGUUGGACGGGUGAUGUCCUCAGCACGCACAGAGAGAGAUGAGCACUGUCAAGCCCAGCUCCUCACUAAAGCCCUGUAAUGCGCUUAAUACUACAAAUAAGCAUCACACGGAGUGUGAUCGCUGGAGAUUUGGUUUCGAAGUGUGAUUAAAACACACGCUGUUGGUUUGUGAGUUUCAGCGCAAUUUAUGGCGGGCGGAUUGAAUCCAGGCCAGAAAGAUGUGCUUGCUGAGAGGAAGGUCAGCCUGAUGAUUUUGGAAGAUUACUGAUUCCUCCGCGUGGUGUUUGAAUGCCUGAGGUGUGAAUCGAGUCUGUGAUAUCCAGAGAAACUGCAUUGUCUAACUCGAGAGUUCGACAAGACUGGACCGUUAAAGAACAGGCCUGAUGGAGGAUACAGGAACUGAAUUAACUUCAUCUGAACCAGAUGCUCUUGGCGCGGACUUUAUCACGGUGGAACUCGAUACCCAGCCCAUUGAGUAUGUGGUCAAGUGGGCUGAGGUUGGCUCUAAAUUUACUCUGUCCUGCGUUAAAAGGGAGUCCGACGAGAGCUUCCCGUCUGACCAGCUGGUUAAAACGGAGUCUGACGAGAGGUUCUUUGUCCCGUAUGAGGCUGUGUAUACGGAGUGUGAGGACACGGAAACUGGCCUGAUCGCCUCACAGGAGGAGGAGGUAAGGAGCGUGUCGGAUAUCGACGAGCACACAGUGCUUGUGAGCACCCAGAUUGGGGAGGAGGAAGAGGAUGAUGAUGGUUCAGACAGUGAUUGGGAUAAAGGGGGCUCCCAUUCGAGAAACCGGCCGUACAACUGCCACAUCUGUGGCAAGAGCUACAGCCACUCGUCCAGUCUGGCUCGCCACCUGCACCUACACUCUACAGGUGACCAUUUGGCCAACUCCACCUCACCUCUUUCUAAAGUGAGUGGCAAAUCAGAGGACGGGAAAAAGCUCCUGCAGUGCAACUUAUGUGGUGUACGAUGCAAUGGCAAGCGGCUCCUGGCAAUCCAUAAGAAGUGCCACAAAAUCAAGAGACUGCACACGUGCAAUGCAUGCGGCAAGUCGUUCAACCACAGCUCGAGCCUUUCGCGCCACAGGCUGAUCCAUAAAAAAGGCCUGGACAAAAACCUGAAGCCACUAUACACGACGCCCACACCAGUGCCCAUCAUAACCCAUCAGAACCGCCCGUCUGGCCGUGGGUCAAAGAAGAAGAAGUCGCAGCAAACCGAAAGCAAGUUUGCUGUGGGUGAGAAGCAGUACCAGUGCACACAAUGCGACAUGGUGUUCAGCACAUCCACCAAUCUGUCCAAGCACCAAGUGUCUCAUGUGCGGCAGCUGCUCAACUCCUACGCGCAGGGCAGAGACACACUGGACAAGUCCUCCGACCUGAAGAUCCGCCUAAAGCUCUGCUCGCGUGACAAACCUAACUACUACACGCUGUGCAAGAAGAACAAGCGCCGCAAAGGUGGCAAGAAAAGGCUGCCAUUGCCUGAUGAUGAUGAUGAUGAUGAUGAUGACAGUCAGCCAUAUACAGGCUGUGGUGUUGCCCUCGCCAAGUUUGAGCAACCACACACUGGUGACAGGCGCUACACCUGCAAUGUGUGCAAGAAGACCUUUGUGCGCUUGUCUAACCUGAAGCAGCACCAGCAGACGCACGCCUCUGGCAAGCUCUACGAGUGCCAGCACUGUGGGAAGACGUUCGUUCACUCUUCAAGCUUCUCGCGCCACAAGAAGGUCCAUUCUGGGUUAAAGCAGGCACCUAAACAAUGUAAAAGUGAGAUGAUCGACGAGAGUGCACCUCUGGAGUCUGAGUCCGAGUGAGAGAGCCUCACGUUCCAGGACUGUCCAAGCACAGCUUAUGGAAAAGUCCUUAUUUUUGUUUUUUGAUAUAUAUAUUUUUUUUCUUUCCCCCCUCUCCCUUUUUUCCUUUAUUUUUCCCCAACCUUUUCUUGGUUUAAAGGACAGAUAAUUUGGCAUUGCUCUCAUUGUGAGGUGGGCGUGAUGUCGCUGGCUGUGUGUUGUCAGCAAUAGGCAUCAAUAUAAUAAUAAUAAUAAUAAUAAUAAUAAUAAUAACUUUAUCAUUUGAUUCUUUUUUUUUGGCGGGGUGAUGUUCGAGGAUGUUCUUUGGCAGUGUAAAGUAUAAAAGAUUUGUACAUUUUUGUUGACAUUCCCUUUUUGGUCAAGGUUAGGGACAGUUAAUUUAACGGCAUGAUAAUAGUUUUGCCAGUUCUGUAGUGUUAUUUAUGUCUACCUUUUUUAUUUGUAGUCAUUUAUAACAAAAAAAAAAGACAUUAGCAGUGCAAGUGUUAAAUAUUUUGGAUGCUUGCAUUAAACACACCUGAAAACAAAAUGAAGUACUUAAUAGAAAAGAUCGUAGGGUAAAAAAAAAAAAAAAAAAGGGCAAAGAGUAAUUGGAAUCCAGUGUUGCUGUUAGUUGGCCUAUAGUAAUUUUUGUGGCUAGCAGCUCCCCAAAAGACACUGAAAAGUUGUUAAAGGCUGGGUUUGAGGUUUGAUGUCUAGACAAAAUUCAACAAUUUGACCUUUUUUGACCAGAGAUCCUGUCACCUCUCCUCCCUUUACCUUAGACCAACAAAUAAUCAUCUAUUCUCAUAUUUUCACUUUUCUUUUGGCAACUGGUUUUAUUAAAACACGCAUACACUCAGUGACUCGUAUUUGUUGGUUCAAAUUUAAAUGUUGACUUGAUAUUUGGAAAACUGGUUGUGUUCUGCCCUGCCAAGUAGACAAGCCUUCUUGAAAGAAUUUUUUUCCCCCAUGUUUGAGAAAUCAGAACUGCAGUCAGAUUUUGCUCUGCACAGUGCUCGGGUUCUCUAGUACUGUACUUCCUUCGUCUGAUUGAUUAAAGCGCGAAAGUUCUGAAAGGUUACUUGUCCGUUUGUCAAACUAUGAAAAUUCACAUGGGUUACGCAGAACUGCAGAUCAUGGUGCAGCCGUCAACAGGAUUGCGUUCAAAAAUGGCAACUUCAUAUAAAUUAGUGCGUGUGUGUGCAUGUUGAAUAUAUUGAGAGAAUAUACUCCAAAAUAUAUAUACAUUUUAAAUAUGUGCAUAUGUGUAAAAAUGAAAAAUGCCAUGAAGAAAGUUAUGUGUGAAUGGUUUGUGAAUAAUAACGUUGAAUAAUUUAUGAAAUAACCAGGGGAUUUCAUAUUUCACCACGCAUUGCACUAUUGAUAAACAAAAACAAACCAAGCACUACAUACCUAGGAAUUUGGAUUUAAAUGUUACAGAGAGCAAAAAAUAAAUAAAAAUGGGCCAUGCUAGAUUGAAAGUUUAGAAUAAUGAUGCUUUUUGUCCACCCUGUACUCUUCACACCUGUUUCAAAUAUUUGAUUUAUAAGACAAAAUGAUAGUUCGUAUUCACAUCAUAAAAUUGAUCAUAAGUUCUAUGAUGCUGUCAAUGAUUGAGCACCACCAAAGCUUUUAGGAAGUAUCCGUACACAUGCACUUGAUCGGUUCUCUCUUGGCCGUGCACCUCAGCAGCGUUUUCUGUGUUCUUCACCGUUCACAUCAACUUGACCGUCUGCUUAACCAUUUAUUGUUCAAAUUGAGGUUAAAUAGCAAUGAUUAACCUGUUUUAAAACCAUUACUUGUUUGAACUAUGAAUCUUUCGGAGGUGUUGAGUUCAAGCACAGCUCUGAUGUUGGACUUGGGUUGUUAUGGGGGGAAAAAAACAAAAGAAAAACACAAAUAUGCUUGGUACUCCGAUUGUUCUUCGCUUGUUUGUUUUGAAAUAGUUGUUCUGUUCA